AUGAUCGCGCCACGCAGCAUCGGCUCUGCUGGCACUGUGAAAGCCUCCAAGCAAUGCUCACCCACCGGAUAUGGUGGCAAGAAUUGGGAGGGGGAUGCCCCGAGAGCUCGCAGCAGGCAGGGCAGGUCCGGCAGUGAGAUUGCGGGAAUCACUGCCUCGCUUCUCCACUGUGGCUGGCAGCGGCAGCAUCGCCUUCGUUCCGCACCUCGCUUAUCGACAGAUGUGCCGGAGCCUUCGAAACGACGGUGGCCCCGGUGGUCUUCUCUGGACGCGGAGAUCCUGGAGGUUUGGGCCCCUGCCGUCGCCAACCUCAUCCUCCUGCCUUUGGUGGGAUCGAUCGACCUGUUUUGGAUCGGUCAAUCCCGAGACCCGUGGGCGAUUGCUGGGAUGGGUGCGGCCAACCAAGUUUACAGCACCAUCUAUUUCCUCAUCAGCUUCCUCCCUGCUGUGGUUACGCCUCGUAUAGCUGAGGAGAUUGCCCGGGGUCGCAAAUCGAUGGCGGCCAAGUGGGUAAGAGAAGCCCUGGGCUUUGCUUGCCUCAUGGGGGCCUUUGGCACUCUGGCGCUUGUGAGCUUUCCCCAUGUCGUGCUGAAGCUCAUUUCCGAUAGACCUCAAGUCUUAGCAGAAGCAAUACCCUACGCACGCAUCCGGGGCCUCUCCCUGAUAGCCACUCUGUGCAGCACCGUGAGCUUCGCGACCUUUCGAGGGCUUCUGGACUUCCGCACCCCUUUGAGGGUGUCAUUGGCGGCGAACAUGUUGAAUGCCUGCCUUGAUCCACUGCUUAUGUUCGGCUUCGGCUUGGGAGUCUCGGGUGUGGCUGCUGCGACAUCCAUCGCAGAGCUCUUCUCCGCAGUGACUUUCAUGUCCCUCCUACGACGGCGGGGCCUGCUGGAAGGGCUCCCCUCCUUACCUGACGCCGGCUUUGCCUAUGAAGGGCUUGGGCUUGGGUUAAGAUUUUCUGUUGGGGAAGCGGAGGUUCUGCCCAUAAUGUCGACCACUGGGCUCACUGGGCCUCUUCGUGCGAGUAGCAGUAUCAGGUCCUGUCAACAUCCGGAAAGCGGGCUCAUGUGCUGUAAGAUCUGCAUCUAG